AUGAGCUGUGUCUCUUGUAUCAGAAACCCCUGAAGAAGUGGAGCAGAUGAUGCUUCAGCUCUGCCAAACUCCAGAGGUCCCAGAGGCCGCAAGAAAGCUGGUAUGACCGAAACCACAAAAACAUCCAGAAUGCAUGGAAGGAAUCCGAGGCAAUAUUAUAGAGCUAUGAAGACUUCCAUUGUUGAUACAGAAGAUCUUACAUUUAUGGAUGAAGAAACCAAGGAUAUGAAUGAGACUGGUUUUGACCAAAAUUUAUCUGAAGUUAAUGGAGCUGAGCAGUCAUCUCCCCAAUUCUUAGAAAAAUACAGAGACUCUGUGGCAUUUCAAAGCGACUCAGCCCAAAAUUUGAACAAAACGUUGGAGGUCCAAAUGAAGCAGAUCUCCAUGCAAAUGGAGCAAGACCAAGAGGACAAGAGAAAACUUGAGACUCAGCAAAACGAAAUCAUGGCCAGCAGAAUCAAGGAGCAAGAGGAGAACCAAAAAAGGUUUGAGUUGUUGGAGACAAGUCUCGGAGCGAUUGCUAAAUAUUUCAAAGACAGGGAUGAGCACGAAGAAAAGCAAAGGCAGGAAGACGGCAAAAGGCAAGAUAAAAUGUUCGAGAUCUUCUUGAAAUUGGACCAACGCAUUCAGCACAGUAUCGAAAGGGAAUCCGAGAGAGACGAAGAAUUCAAGAAGCUCUUGAACAAACUUGAGCACAAGAGCGAACAGAGGUUUGAAGACAUCGAAGCCAAGAUCAAAGAACUCCAGGGGCUGGGUCAAGGGAUAUGCUCUUUGAAUAGAGGACUCAACGAGAGUUCUAUGAUAAGUUUGAACAUGUCAUCAUCCGAUCUCACCAUUCCAAGAAAUACAAAUCAGAAAAGCCAAAGUUUGCAAGGCAACUCCGAAGAGUUCAAAGAAGAGAAUCAAAAAUUAGGCUGCAAGCAACCGCUGUCUGAAAGACAUCAAAAUGCUCCUAUUGAAGAAUCCAAGUGUCAUGAUGAGUCUGAGUCCAACCAAUCGGUAUCUGAAGAGCCUGCGGCUGAUGCUUCAGAGCAAGCAGACGAGCCUGCCAACAACCAGGAAAGCUCAGUGUCGAUGUUGACUUCAGUCAUGAGCUAUUUCGGAUACAGAAAUUAGAGACGAGUGGAUGCAAACUCGUGAAACCACCAGUUGUGAUCUG